AUGCCUGACACUGAGGAGCGCAGCGAGAGCCCGGAGUCCGACGCAGGCGCCGGCCCUCAGACGGGGGGCUCAGGCGGCUCCGACCAACCGCCCGCCCGCAAGCGCCAGCGCGUCCGCCUGAGCUGCCUCGAGUGCCGCCGCCGCAAGCUCUCGUGCGACCGUGGCUUCCCCUGCGAGCGCUGCAUCAAAAGCGGCACCCCGGACCGGUGCAGCUACGAGGCCCGCAACGGUGAGGUCGUCAACGCCUCGUCCGGCGUGCCCCCGCCCUUUGCCCAGCUCGACUCCCGGAGGUUCGGCAUCGGCGCCGACGCCGCCGCCGGCUUCACCGCCCGUGAGGACCAUGACCGCAUCCGGAGGCUCGAGCUCGAGAUCACCCAGCUCAAGAACCUGCUCGCCCGCCCGGGCGCCGGCGCCGGCGCCGCUUCCUUUGACGGCAGCACCAUCGCCGGCACCAACUCUCCCUCCACCCAGAAGGAUGACGCCCUCGACGCCGACUCCGGGCCCCGCCCCGAGGUCCAGGAGUGCAUUGACGCCAGCAACAUGAGCGGCGAAAAGGGUGAGCUGCGCUUCUUCCGCGGAAAGGGCUUUCGCACCCGCUACUUUGGCCCGCACAACGCGAGCAUGGCCUUUGUUGAGCUCACUGGCCUCUGCCCCUUCAUGAGAGAGACGGCAGACGAGUGGCUGCGGCCCGUCAUCCUGCACGACCGCAAGGACCGCAACCGCCGCAAGGAGGAGCGCGAGAUCAUCUUUGAGCAGCCCGACGCCGAGCUCAUCGCGCUGCUCCCCACCAAGGAGGAGACGGACGCCCUGAUCAACGUCUACUUGGACCAGUUUGAGCAGGUGCACCGCAUCGUGCACAUUCCCACAUUCCGCAAGGAGUAUGCCGAUUUCUGGAAGCCCGACAGCAAGCAGCGCUACGCCGCCUUCACCGCUCUCAUUCUCUCCAUGAUGGCCGUUGCCAGCUGCGUGCACACACAUGAGUCGCUCAAGUUCAUUGGCAUGAUGUCCAACGCCAGACACAUGGCGGAGAAGUGGAUCAACGCCUGCGACACGUGGCUCUCGCGGCAGAGCCAGAAGCACCGCAAGCUCAUUCACUUCCAGAUUGCGUGUCUGCUGUACCUGGGCAAGCGCGUCAACACCAUCAAGAAGAAGCGCUUCUGGACCGGCGCCGGCGCGUUGAUCCAGGACGGCAUCUCGGUGGGCCUGCACCGUGAACCCAGCCACAUGGCUGGCAAGAUUAGCGUCUACAACCAAGAGAUGCGACGGAGGAUCUGGACGACGGUUCAGGAGUUUGACAUGCAGGCUUCAUUCGACCACGGCUUGCCCACUCUGCUGAGCCAGCUGCAUUACGACACCAAUCCCCCGCGGAACCUGGAUGACGAGGACUUUGACGAAGACACGGCCACGCUGCCGCCUUCGAAGCCGCAGAAGGAGUACACCUUCAGCUCUUUUCAGAAUCUCGCGCGACAGAGCCUCAUGCUUCGUCUGGAGCUGAGCCGACUGCUGACAGGGCCACUGUCGGAUAUUGACUAUGACCAAGUCAUCCGAUAUACCAAUGACCUCACCCAAGAGAUUGACGCCCUUCCGUCGUGGGACAUGAACACAGACAACACCAAGAGCAAGAAGAACCCGCUCAUCGCCUACACCCUCCUGCACGUGCAGCUGCGGCAGUACAUCAUCCCGCUGCACCAGCCGUACCUCAAGCUGCGCAAGCAAAACUCAAAGUACCAGUACUCGGAGAUUAUCUACUACAACGCCGCCCGGGACAUUGUGCUUCUGCACGACAAGCUGUAUGAGCAGGGCAUCCGGUCGCUCAACUUCCUGCGCGAGGACGCGCUGACGACGGCCAUCAACCUGUGCAGCGUGACGAUGCUGCAGCCCCGGGGGUCGACCAACAUGAUCAUGAUCAACUCGCACCACACGCUCAAGCUCAUCGAGAAGUGCAUCGCCAUGAAGGAAGACCGGCUGCUCCGCUGCGGCAACAACGAGCCGUGGGGCUACUCCAUCAUGUGCUCGGCGCUCGGACUGCUCGAGGCGCAUCUGGGGACCAAGACGCCCGAGGUGGCCAAGUCGACGUCGGCGGAGCGGUUCGUCAACCUGCACUACCGCCUCCUCGCGAACCAGGAGCCGCCCAUCUCGUCUGGGCAGGGACCGAACACGCCGCUGAGCGGCGCGGCGGCAAUGUCUGCGCCAGGCCUGGGUCCGAACCCGGGCAUGGACGUGCCUGACAGGGCAAAGUCUGUGACGCCAUUCACGUUCAACCCGGCCAUGUCAGCGGUGCCCGUGGACCCGGCAUCGGGCGCGGCUCCGUGGAUCCUGGGUGGGGACCAGACGCAGCCGUUCAACCUGGACCCGAGCCUGGAGCUGCUGGGGCUGAAUUUGAAUGAGAUUUGGGGCGAGUCGUGGGAGCUGGGCUAG